AUGUGUCGUUUAAGCUACUACCUCUUAAUAUUAGUGUGCGCGUUGUUUCGUGGUGUUUACGGUGCCAACGACACCGCGGAAGACGUGCCCUUGGAAUCCCUAAUCGAUUUAACAGGCGGCAACGAACUGUGGACAUCUUUGCUCACGAAUUGCGAGAAACCGACUCUCGCCUGCGUCAAGACGAACGUCUACGACUACUUUAAGCAAACCCUCGAUAACACUUCGGAUAUCGAGUUCACGAGUUACCUCAAGUUUUCGAAAAACGACGUCGACUACGGGAAGAUAAGUAAGUCGUUCGGGAACGUCACGGACGAUGAAGAUUUUAGCGACGAAGAUGAAUCGCCUAUAGAAGCAAUGUCAAGGUCGCUGCGCGACGACUCGAUGCAGUUCUUCAUGACGCACGACAUCGAACUCUCUCUACCCGACGGAAUCUUCCCCAACAGCGUGGUCAAGAUAUCCCCCAGGUCGUUCGAAGACGAAGGGACGUUGGUAAAGUUCGAUGUGGUGCCGGAUAACAAGGGCGUCGAGGAAGGAAGACUGUUUAAAAAGAUUAGAAAAUUUAUCACCGAGAGAUUGCUGUACGCUCUGCUAGCCAUUCUUCUAGUCAUAAAACUACUGGCCGUCAAGUUUCUCUUCCUGCUGCCGUUGAUCGUUGGUGCCGCGACGGCCAAGAAGCUUCUGUUGAAGAUAUUGCUGUUCAUUUUUCCCGCUCUUCAUCACCUGUUCAAAUUCUGCGCGUACUAUCCCAUCCAAGCGAAGUACCAUCACCACAAACAUCUGAUAUCGCACAUACACGAGUUUCCUCAUCACCAUCACCAUCCGCAUCAUGACGAGGGAGUUGAAGUGGUGGCCCCACACGAAUACGGUCCCCCCGUCCAUCACCACCACGAGAAUGAUGAUUUUGAUUUGGAGGAAGGCAUAGUAGUGCCUGAUAAUGGAAUACACUUUGGGCAUGACUCUAUAUCUCACCGUCGUGAUCCUACUCGAUUCGAAAACGAAUUGGAACCUUGGGGUAGCCACGAACAUUCACCUGUAAGGAGAUAUCGACCGAAAAGACCCCUCACCAAUUCCGAAAUCGAUCGUAUGGUAGCAAAAGCGGAAAGGGAAGCUUUGAUUAAAUCGCGACUUCAGAAAGAAAAACUACGGAUACGGGAAGAGAAUUUUAGACUGCAGGAGCAACUCAAUCAAGCGUUGAAGUUGCAGGAGAAAUUGAAGCAGCAAGCGGCCUAUCUGCACGCCAAACUACCCCCUCAGUUGCCUCCUGGAUCUGGUACGUUUCCUUAUCGAGGGGACCCCGUCGCAGACUAUUAUCCAAGAGGAUCUUCGGUGGAUACUGUCGCUUCUCACAAUUUAGGUAACAAAGAAUCGCCAGUAUAUGUUCCCCAACAUCAUGUGUUAACCAAACCAGUGGGUAAUAUAAGAGAAUCAGAGAAGUUUGAUAGUCAGCACAAGACACCUUUUAAACCUUCAACACAAUUGGCGAAUAACAACGUUCCGCAAUAUUCCCCGGAAUAUUCAACGUCCGCUGCUCCAGUAUCACUCAAACCCAAACUUGAAAAGGAAAUAUACCAAGCAGCAUCUAUAACCUACGAUCCGUUCUACACCCCAAUAUUGGAAAAAGUGGAUAGAAUAUUCAAUGGUCUCGGUUACAACGAAGAGCCAUGCAAGGAACGUUUAAUUUGCAGCAUGUACAAAAACCCCAGCAAAUUCAGCCCGCACAGCAAUCUAAUUUCUGCCGAAAUCAGCAGAGACGCAACUGAACUUAAGAAACCAACAGCAACAAACUCAGCCGUCAUCAGGUUCUACAAAUACGUUCAAUCAGCUCGAGAUGGACAAGAUGGUCGCGAUUGUUUAAGACUUUAUCCGGCCUGUAACAUUAACACUGAGCUAUAACCAAACUGUCUUCUGUGAAACUGGUUCGCAACUAAAUCAUAGCAACACUAUUGGUGUAUCGAGAAUAAUGUUUUCAAUUGUUCGGCUGGUUCCUUUUUGCAGUAUUCAAAUUUGUAAAUGAUGUUUUCUCUCGAACAUAACGUUGCAAAAAAUAAUACAAAAAAUAAAUGGCCCUACAUUUUCGAAACUAACAGAAAUUUGGCAACUUUUUUAUAAUUUUACUUUUAUCGUAACUUGAUCCCUGGCUGAUCUAGCAAUACUGUCUUCUGAAUCAGUUUUGGUUAGUUUGGUUGGUCCCAAUAUGACGACACUAAAUAUCACGCCACUGGAAGAACUGUUUUGUAUGCUCUUCUACUGUUUCGCUGUAAAAUUUGCUUCCUUUAUUUAACUUUAUU